AAGGGCUCAUUGGUUUUCAUCAUAUUGAAGUCACCAAAACAAAAUCGUUGAAAUUCCCCCUGACUCAAUCGCCGAUCGAGCUUCAUCAUUCUCUCUCUGCCCUCCUUAAUCAGAAAAUCAAGUCGAAGAUGGUUUGUAUAUUUUGUUUGUUACCGCUCUUUCUCGUCCCGAUCGUCAACAUAUUGCCUCUUCUCUUCCAUUACAUCAUGGGAAAAAUCUAUGGAGUUUUUGGAUGGGAGUACAGGAAACCGGUUAGGGUUCCUCCGGCGUGUCCUUAUAGACCCAGAAAGGAUGUUACCGUCACUAGUAAGGAGGGUCUGGAAUCUGAACCUGGUGCACAAGAGUCUGUCUCAAAGCCAACAGGAGACGUAAAUGCCAAGCAGGAGUGAUACUGAAAUUUGAUUAUCUUCUAACCAUAAAAAUGAAACCAUGCUUCUCUAAGUAAACUUCUUCAUUUGUCGGUUUUGGGAAUAAGAUUCAUAUGAUGUUAAGUUUAUAUUAUCUAUAUUUUACUAAAAAAAUACAGUUUUAGAAGCCAUUGGCAUGAAGUCUGUUGUGUUUGUGAACCUACUUUGCCUCUAAGAACUGUCAAAACGAGCAGGGAUAAAGUUCUGCUAUGUAGGCGCAUCUUCUGCUGAUGUUGGGCUGUGUAUCUCAGCACAAUUGUGAAGCAGUUAAUCAGUUUAUCUUUGGGCCUAAAAAAUAGCUUUUGAUGAUCCAUCCCAAAAUUCCUCUUGGAUAUGGUAUCCAUAGAUAUUUUUUUUUUA